AGGUACUGUCCCUGCGCUGAUAGCUCUGGAGCUCCGGCUAGAGGCCUCGGCUGUGGUCACCAUCCCCGCACCGUGUCCGGUCAAGAUGGGGUUUAUAUUCUCGAAAUCUAUGAACGAAAACAUGAAAAACCAACAGGAGUUCAUGGUUACGCAUGCUCGGCUUCAGCUGGAAAGGCAGCUGACCAUGCAGAAUGAGAUGAGAGAAAGGCAAAUGGCUAUGCAGAUCGCCUGGUCUCGGGAAUUCCUCAAAUAUUUUGGAACGUUUUUUUGCAUUGCCACCAUCUCUUUAACAGCUGGAGCACUGAAGCGAAAGAAGCCAGCCUUGCUCGUUCCUAUAGUUCCACUAAGUUUCAUCUUCACCUACCAGUAUGACCUGGGCUAUGGGACUCUUCUACAAAGAAUGAAAAGUGAAGCUGAGGACAUACUGGAAACAGAAAAGACAAAGCUGGAGCUGCCAAAAGGACUGAUCACCUUUGAAAGCCUUGAGAAAGCCAGAAGGGAGCAGAGUAAAGUCUUCUCAGACAAAUGAAGUCACAACUCUCCUCAGAGCACACGUCCGGUCUCAAAAGCACAAAGUUGUUGGCUUGAAUCAUGGUGUUUACAGUUUUUUAAAUGAUCAAGAUUUUGAUACGAUGCAUUUUUAUUUUAGAAUAUUAAAAUUCAAAAUGAAUUUGUUGAACUAUUUUAAAAUAAAAUUUCUAACACUCAACCAGAUCAUGGCAGUAUUCUAAAUAACAUUCAAAUUUCUCGUGUGUAUGUGUGUUUUAUAAGUAUCCAGGUGCAAAAUUAAUAAAUUAUGUUGUUCUGAAUUUGA